AUCCCCAUUAAUGAAGUCACGUUAGUGUUUCAACUUUGAUUUCAAUUUGCUCUCUUACAGCAAGCAAAUUCUAAUCCAGUAUUUAAAAAAAAAAACAAAAUAAAAGAAGCAACGAACUAAAAGAGAAGAGCCAGCCAGGCCCUACACAAGUCAAAUCCCAAAUCCAAAGCAGACGGUGACCGCAUUUGUGAUUGGGUCUGGGAGGACGGUUGGACGGAAUAAAUUGCUUGUCCUACGACAGAUGAGCCUCAUUACUCACCCACGCGUGACAGUUGGGUUACUUUCAUAUUGUUGAAGCAAAAGACAAACUCGGUUUACUGCUAUAUAUACCUUACUUAUUGCACGGUGAAGAGUGAGCUAAUUUUUGCUUAAGCUUCUAGCUUGUCAACAAUGGGUGCUUUUGCUCGUUCUUUUGUGGUUGCUUUCUUGUGUAUUCUUCUCGUGGAUGGUCUUGUGGUUGCUGAUGAUGAAGUUAGUGGAGUUGAAGAUGACAAGCGUUUGCUUCAUCGUCCAUUUUUGUUCAAGGCCAAGGGAGGAGGUCUAGGACGUGGAAUAUAUAAGAAGGGUUUUAGGCAUGGAAUUGGUGGUGGUCUAGGUGGUGGUUUUGGGGGAGGUGGAGGUUUAGGUGGAGGAGGAGGGUUAGGAGGUGGUGGAGGCCUAGGUGGUGGUGGUGGGCUUGGUGGUGGUGCAGGAGGUGGCUUAGGUGGUGGUGGAGGCCUUGGUGGUGGAGGUGGACUAGGUGGUGGAGGAGGACUUGGUGGUGGCCACAAGCUGGGUGGAGGUGCAGGAGGAGGAUUAGGUGGUGGUGGAGGGCUUGGUGGUGGCCAUAGGCUUGGUGGAGGUGCUGGAGGUGGAUUAGGGGGUGGAGGUGGCCUUGGUGGUGGCCAUAGGCUUGGUGGAGUGGCAGGUGGUGGACUUGGAGGAGGUGGCGGCAUUGGUGGUGGAGGUGGUCUUGGAGGUGAGGCAGGAGCAGGAGGAGGGCUUGGGUUUGGAGCUGGUGGAGGAUUUGGCAAAGGUGGAGGAGCAGGUGGUGACUUGGAGGAGGUGGAGGAGGAGGAUUUGGUGGUGGUGGCGGCUUUGGUGGUGGUGGGGGUGUUGCCAAAUGCUAACUAG